AUGGCAGAGGCUUUCCGCUCAUCAAUUCCUAUCCCAACAUUUAAUGGGGAUAACUAUGAUUUUUGGUCUAUCAAAAUGAAGACCUACUUUUGUGCUCAAAAUUUAUGGGAUGUCGUCAACGAUGGGUAUACUAACCCAGAUGACAUUUCCACUUUAACUUCCGCACAAAAGAAGGAACUUAAGGAGAAUCAUCAAAAAGAUUCUCUAGCAUUACUUUCUCUACAAAUGAGCUUGACGAAUACAUAUUUUCCAAGAAUUAUGGGAGUCAAAACAGCGAAAGAAGUAUGGGAUAAGUUGAAGGAGGAGUUCUAUGGCAGUAACAAGGUACGUACUUGCCGCCUUCAAACUCUAAGAAGGAAUUUUGAAAAUCUAAAAAUGAAAGAGUCGGAAACCGCAAAAGAUUAUUAUUCAAGAAUAGAUGAAAUAGUAAAUCAACUAAAGUCUUAUGGUGAUGAUGUUCCCGAAAAGAAGGUCGUUGGAAAAAUUUUAAUUACUUGCACAGAAAAAUAUGAUCCAAUUAUUGCAGCUAUUGAGGAAUCCAAGGAUAUAAAUGAAUUAACAGCUGCAGAAUUAAUGGGAUCAUUAGAAGCUCAUGAAAAAAGAUUAGAAAGGCGCUAUGAAAUGGAAAUAGAAAACGCUUUUCAAUCGAAACUUAAUAUGCGGUUUCAAAAAUCUAAAGAAGUAUUUGUAAAAGAAAAGGUCAUCAAGAGAAAGAUUGUUGGUUUAAAGGAGACAGAAGGAAAUCUAUUUUAUGCCUCCAAGAAGAAUGUCUCUGAAAAGAAAUUAGAUACGUGGUAUCUAGAUAGUGGCUGCAGUAAUCACAUGACGAAGGAUGAAAUUAUUUUCUACAGUCUCGAUAAAAUAAAUACAAAAAUAAAAAUUGGCAAUGGAAAUUUUAUAGAGGCUACAGGUAAAGGUACUAUUGUCGUUGAUACAAAAAAGGGCAAGAGAUACAUUAAUGAAGUUCUCUUAGUCCCUACAAUAGAUCAAAAUCUACUAAGUGUAGGUCAGAUGAUGGAGAAAUGA